AUGAAAGUUCGUAUCACCUCGUACACCGCGACGGCCGUGUGGCGCUGGGACGUUCCGGAGGACGACGUGUGCGGCAUCUGCCGCGUGCAGUUCGACGGUACCUGUCCCAACUGUCGCUUCCCUGGCGACGACUGUUCUCUCGUCAAUGGCAAGUGUGGACACUCGUUCCAUCUGCACUGUAUCAACGAUUGGAUUCAGACCGAGGCCUCUGGAGGGCUGUGCCCCAUGUGCCGCCAGAAGUUUGAGUUUGGGGCGGUAUAA